AUGAGUGCUGUGGAAGCAGACACAGCAGCGAGAUGUCUGUGGCUUGAUGAAGAUGGAUUAGUAGUUUAUUGUAAUUUUAGAAGCCCAACUUACUGUGAGUUCAAGAUAAUGAUCAAGAGUAAGUUGAUUAAAGGGUGGCGGCAUACGAUUAAGAGAGAGAGCAGCAUACGUUUCAUAAACGAUAAAGGUUCAGAUGAUUCAAAACAUCUUUUCAAACUGCUAUGGAGCCGCGAUAAAACUCUUUACUGUGACUAUAUAGAGGUUAGCCGCGAUGGGACAGCUGCUGUAACAACAGAAGAAAUCAUGACAGUAGCUUUCACCAUAUCCACAUUCUACGUGAUGUGGUCGCAGGGAAUCAUAUGCCUGUGGGAGAAAAUUUCAGGAAACCUUCACCUUUUCAAUACGGGACACAACCGAUAUCUCGGCUACCUCACGCUGUACUCUAGCGCUUGCUCGAGUGCCUCUUUACUCAGAUUCAUCGACGAAACUAUGUCAUUAUGGGCCAUUGUACGCAAAUAUGAUGAGACAACGAAGACUUCGUCUGCUUUUUUGAAUACUUAUUUAUUGCCGGACUUUAUAUUGUUAACCACAACUAUGUUACCAAAAGGCUUCUCUCAAUAUUACUUUGGUAAGGAAUCGUAUGUAACGGUAAGCAAGCCCGCCAAUUUCUCUAAUGUUGCCGCAACCAAUCUUAGCUCAUCUCAGCUUUGCUGUUCAUGCGAUAUGUCGAACAGAUCAAUCAUUCAAUGGUACUUUAGCCCAAAAAAACCUUGGAAGGAGAUCAAGCUGAAUCAUCGCCUUGAUAUGAGCCCCGAAUUAGGGUUAGAUGAAGAUAUAGAGCCUACGAGCUACAUACAGAAACAACUCUCCAUGGUAGACUUUCAACCAGCUGCCCCAGUAUUAGAAUUACAAAAUGCAUUUUUUCAGUAG